GUUCAUUCCACCUCGUUUCAAAAUUUCAAGUAUCAGUUUGCAGAUCUGAAUUUUAAUGAAUAAAUGAAUAAUAUAAUAUAACUAGUUAAAAAGUCUACCCGAUAAAAUUUUUCACAUUCUACCUUUUGUUGAGUGAGAUCAGCUGAUUUUGUUGCACGUGGUGAAUGGAGAUCAGGAAAUAUGACGUGAAGACUUGAUCCACGUGAAAUUUCGAUGGCAGCAUCCAGUAAAAAACUAGACACUUGUGAAGUGUGUGUCGCUAAAAAAGCGAAAUAUACUUGUCCAAAAUGUGAGGUUAGAACGUGCUGUAUGCUGUGUGUAAAUAUUCAUAAAAAAGAAUUAGAUUGUGAUGGAAUAAGAGAUAAGAUUAAAUUUAUACCUUUAAAUUCAUUUACAGAUUUAGACAUGUUGAGUGACUAUCGUUUAUUAGAAAGUAUAGGAAGAUCAGUUGAGCAACUACAAAGAGAUCCUUUGAAAAAAUGUACCAGAGUAAUGAAUCUUCCUCCUCAUUUACUAAAACUCAAAAGUACAGCUUAUGCUAAAGGCAUAUUUUUGGAAUUCAUGCCACAACAUUUCAGCCGACAUAAAGAAAAUACCACCUACCUAAAUUUUAAAACUAAUGAGUUUUUUUGGAGAUUGGAGUUAAUCUUUCCACAUGCAGAUAAUUGUAAAUGGGUUAUCAAUAGGGUACUAGAUAAGAAAAGAUUAUCAACUGUGUUGGAAGAAAUUUUGAAUCCUGACAAGAAAAUUGUUGGAGAAAAUGAAGAAUAUUUAAAUAGAUUAUCAGUUCUUCAAAGUAAGUUAAAAUUUUAUCAAUCACAUGGACUGACUGGACUGAAAGCUCUUUUGAGAUCUGAAAAAGUGAAAAAAUCUGAUUCUAGAUUUUUUGAAUUGGAUAUGUCACUUUCUUUAAGAGACAAUUUGAAAAAUAAAAUCAUUAUAGAAUUUCCGAUUGUUUACAUUACAUUCAAAGAUCAUUCUGAUAUGUUUGAAGUUAUAGAUAGUGAUGAUGAAAAAGUUCAAAUGGAAGUUAAUAGACCAAAGAGAGGGAAAAGAAAAUUAUCAGAAACAAACGUUACUUCAUUAAAAAAUCACCAUUCACUCAAAGAUAAUACUACUUCAUUUAACUAUUUUUUUAAUACUGAUUUCAGUAUUCUGUCCGACUCAGAAGAUGAAAGUACAGAAGUAAGUUAUAAAAAUAAUGGUGCAUUAAAUAUACCAGAUUAUAAUAAAUUAGUAAAUAUGAAACAAUAGGCUUAGAACUGUAAAUAUUCCUUUAAGAAUUUUUAUUGCAAAUACAUGAUUUUUAUAACUAUAAAA